GCAGCGGCGGCCCCGAGCGGCGCGGGCGGCCUGGAGCCCCGGGAGCGGCGCGCGCGCGGCCCCGGCCCCGCCGCUCUGCUGGCCUCGCGCUGCACAUUCUCUCCUGGCGGCGGCGCCACCAGCAGUAGCGUUCGCCCGAACAUGGCGACGCGGAGCAGCAGGAGGGAGUCGCGACUCCCCUUCCUAUACAGCCUGGUCGCGCUGCUGCCGCUCGGGGCUCUCUGCGAGGUCCGGGCGCAGGCGCUGCACGGCGGCCGCUCGCCCUUGCCCCAGGACCGGGGCUUCCUCGUGGUGCGGGGCGACCCGCGCGAGCUGCGGCUGUGGGCGCGCGGUGAUCCCCGGGGGGCGGACGAGAAGCCGUCCCGGAGGAGACGGAGCGCCGCCCUGCAGCCAGAGCCCAUCAAGGUGUACGGACAGGUCAGUCUGAAUGAUUCCCACAAUCAAAUGGUGGUACACUGGGCCGGAGAGAAAAGCAAUGUUAUCGUGGCCUUAGCCCGAGACAGCCUGGCGCUGGCGAGGCCCAGGAGCAGUGAUGUGUACGUGUCUUACGACUAUGGAAAGUCAUUCCAGAGAAUUUCGGAGAAAUUCAACUUCGGCAUGGGAAACAGCAGUGACGCUGUGAUCGCCCAGUUCUACCACAGCCCUGCCGAUAACAGACGCUACAUCUUUGCAGAUGCUUAUGCCCAGUACCUCUGGAUCACGUUCGACUUCUGCAACACUAUCCAGGGCUUUUCCAUCCCAUUCCGGGCAGCCGAUCUCCUUCUGCAUAGCAAGGCCUCCAACCUUCUCCUGGGCUUUGACAGAUCUCACCCCAACAAGCAGCUAUGGAAGUCCGAUGAUUUUGGCCAGACCUGGAUCAUGAUUCAGGAGCACGUGAAGUCCUUUUCCUGGGGAAUCGAUCCGUAUGACAAGCCAAACACCGUCUACGUCGCUCGGCACGAGCCCUCCGGCCACUCCACGGUUUUCCGCAGUACGGACUUCUUCCAGUCUCGGGAGAACCAGGAGGUCAUCCUGGAGGAAGUGAGAGACUUUCAGCUUCGGGACAAAUACAUGUUUGCUACAAAGGUGGUGCGUCUCUCGGGCAGUCAGCAGCCGUCUCCUGUCCAGCUCUGGGUCUCCUUUGGCCGGAAGCCCCUGCGGGUGGCCCAGUUUGUCACAAGACAUCCUAUUAAUGAGUAUUACAUCGCUGACGCCUCGGAGGACCAGGUGUUUGUUUGCGUCAGUCACAGUAACAACCGUACCAACCUGUACAUCUCGGAGGCAGAGGGACUGAAGUUCUCCCUGUCCCUGGAGAAUGUGCUCUACUACAGCCCGGGUGGGGCGGGCAGUGACACCUUGGUGAGGUAUUUUGCAAAUGAACCAUUUGCUGACUUCCACCGUGUGGAAGGGUUACAGGGAGUCUACAUCGCUACUCUGAUCAAUGGUUCCAUGAAUGAGGAGAACAUGAGAUCAGUCAUCACCUUUGACAAAGGGGGGACCUGGGAAUUCCUUCAGGCUCCAGCUUUCACAGGAUAUGGAGAAAAAAUCAAUUGUGAGCUCUCCCAGGGCUGUUCUCUGCACCUGGCGCAGCGGCUCAGUCAGCUGCUCAACCUCCAGCUCCGGAGGAUGCCCAUCCUGUCCAAGGAGUCGGCUCCUGGUCUCAUUGUUGCCACCGGUUCAGUGGGAAAGAACUUGGCAAGCAAGACGAAUGUGUAUAUCUCCAGCAGCGCCGGAGCCCGGUGGCGAGAGGCCCUUCCUGGACCUCACUACUAUACCUGGGGCGACCACGGCGGCAUCAUCGUGGCCAUCGCACAGGGCAUGGAAACCAACGAGCUAAAAUACAGUACCAACGAAGGGGAGGCCUGGAAAACCUUCCUCUUCUCCGAGAAGCCCGUGUUUGUGUAUGGGCUCCUCACGGAACCUGGCGAGAAGAGCACUGUCUUCACCAUCUUUGGCUCCAACAAAGAGAAUGUCCACAGCUGGCUGAUCCUCCAGGUCAAUGCCACAGACGCCUUGGGGGUUCCCUGCACAGAGAAUGACUACAAGCUGUGGUCACCGUCGGAUGACCGGGGCAACGAGUGUCUGCUGGGACACAAGACCGUCUUCAAGCGCAGGACUUCCCAUGCCACGUGCUUUAAUGGAGAGGACUUCGACAGGCCUGUGGUCGUGUCCAACUGCUCCUGCACCCGGCAGGACUAUGAAUGUGACUUCGGCUUCAAGAUGAGUGAAGAUCUAUCCUCAGAGGUUUGUGUUCCGGAUCCUGAGUUUUCUGGGAAGUCAUCCUCCCCUCCUGUAUCUUGUCCCAUGGGUUCUACUUACCGGAGAACCAGAGGCUAUCGGAAGAUUUCUGGAGACACUUGUAGUGGAGGAGAUGUUGAAACACGACUGGAAGGAGAGGUGGUCCCGUGUCCUUUGGCAGAGGAGAACGAAUUCAUCCUGUACGCCAUGCGGAAAUCUAUCCAUCGCUAUGACCUCGCGUCCGGAGCCACUGAGCAGUUGCCUCUUACCGGGUUGCGGGCAGCUGUGGCCCUGGACUUUGACUAUGAACACAACUGCUUGUACUGGUCUGACCUGGCCUUGGACAUUAUUCAGCGCCUCUGUUUGAAUGGAAGUACAGGGCAAGAGGUGAUCAUCAAUUCCGGCCUAGAGACAGUGGAAGCCUUGGCGUUUGAGCCUCUCAGCCAGCUGCUUUACUGGGUGGAUUCUGGCUUUAAAAAGAUUGAGGCGGCCCAUCCCGACGGCGACUUCCGGCUGGCAGUUGUCAAUUCCUCGGUGCUCGAUCGGCCCAGGGCCCUGGUCCUCGUGCCCCACGACGGGGUCAUGUUCUGGACCGACUGGGGAGACCUGAGGCCUGGAGUCUAUCGGAGCAACAUGGAUGGUUCCGCUGUCCUUCGCCUGGUGUCAGAGAAUGUGAAGUGGCCCAACGGCAUCGCUGUGGACGACCACUGGGUCUACUGGACAGAUGCCUACCUGGACUGCAUUGAGCGUAUCACUGUCGGUGGCCAGCAGCGCUCAGUCAUUCUGGACAACCUCCCACACCCCUACGCCAUCGCCGUCUUUAAGAAUGAGAUCUACUGGGAUGACUGGUUACAGCUCAGCAUAUUCCGGGCCUCCAAGUACAGCGGGUCUCAGAUGAUGAUUCUGGCAAACCAGCUCACGGGCCUGAUGGACAUGAAGAUUUUCUACAAGGGGAAGACUACUGGAAGCAACGCCUGCGUGCCCAGGCCAUGCAGCCUGCUGUGCCUGCCCAAGGCCAACAACACAAAAAGCUGCCGGUGUCCAGAGGGUGUGUCCAGCAGCGUCCUCCCAUCUGGGGACCUGAUGUGCGAGUGCCCGCCGGGCUAUCAAAUGGAGAACAACACUUGUGUCAAAGAAGAAAACACCUGUCUCCGCAGCCAGUAUCGCUGCAGCAACGGCAACUGCAUCAACAGCAUCUGGUGGUGUGACUUUGACAACGACUGUGGAGACAUGAGCGAUGAGAGGAACUGCCCCACGACCGUGUGUGAUCUGGACACCCAGUUCCGCUGCCAGGAGUCUGGGACCUGUAUCCCACUCUCCUACAAAUGUGACCUGGAGGAUGACUGUGGAGACAACAGCGAUGAAAGUCACUGUGAAAUGCACCAGUGCCGGAGUGACGAAUACAACUGUAGCUCUGGCAUGUGCAUCCGCUCCUCCUGGGUGUGUGACGGGGACAAUGACUGCAGGGACUGGUCCGAUGAAGCCAACUGUACUGCCAUCUAUCACACCUGCGAGGCCUCCAACUUCCAGUGUCGCAACGGGCACUGCAUCCCCCAGCGGUGGGCGUGCGACGGGGACACGGAUUGCCAAGAUGGCUCUGACGAGGAACCAGUCAACUGCGAGAAGAAGUGCAAUGGCUUCCGCUGCCCGAAUGGCACCUGCAUCCCCUCCAUCAAACACUGCGACGGUCUGCGGGAUUGCUCGGAUGGCUCGGACGAGCAGCUCUGCGAGCCCCUGUGCACACACUUCAUGGACUUUGUGUGUAAGAACCGCCAGCAGUGCCUCUUCCACUCCAUGGUGUGCGACGGCAUCGUCCAGUGCCGCGACGGCUCGGACGAGGACGCGGCCUUUGCGGGAUGCUCCCAAGACCCCGAGUUCCACAAGGUUUGCGAUGAGUUCAGCUUCCAGUGUCAGAAUGGCGUGUGCAUCAGUUUGAUCUGGAAGUGCGACGGGAUGGAUGACUGUGGCGAUGACUCUGACGAAGCCAACUGCGAAAACCCCACGGAAGCUCCAAACUGCUCCCGCUAUUUCCAGUUCCAGUGUGAGAAUGGCCACUGCAUCCCCAACAGGUGGAAAUGUGAUGGGGAGAACGACUGUGGGGACUGGUCUGACGAGAAGGACUGCGGAGACUCACAUAUCCUUCCGUCGCCUACUCCUGGGCCCUCUACGUGUCUGCCCAACUACUACCGCUGCAGCAGCGGGGCCUGCGUGAUGGACAGCUGGGUGUGUGAUGGGUAUCAAGAUUGUGCAGAUGGCUCGGAUGAAGAAGGCUGCCCCUCGCCUGCAAAUGUCACUGCCGCCUCCACUCCCACCCAGCUUGGGCGAUGUAACCGAUUUGAGUUCGAGUGCCACCAACCCAAGACGUGUAUCCCCAACUGGAAGCGCUGUGAUGGGCACCAGGAUUGUCAGGAUGGCCAGGACGAGGCCAACUGUCCCACGCACAGCACGCUGACCUGCACGAGCCGGGAGUUCAGGUGCGAGGAUGGCGAGGCCUGCGUCUUGCUCUCGGAGCGCUGCGACGGCUUCCUGGACUGCUCGGACGGCAGCGACGAGAGGGCAUGCGGCGAAGAAUUGACUGUAUACAAAGUACAGAAUCUUCAGUGGACAGCUGACUUCUCUGGGGAUGUAACUUUGACCUGGAUGCGGCCCAAGAAAAUGCCCUCUGCUUCUUGCGUAUACAACGUCUAUUACAGGGUCGUUGGAGAGAGCAUUUGGAAGACGCUGGAGACCCACAGCAAUAAGACAAACACGAUACUAAAAGUGUUGAAGCCAGACACCACAUACCAGGUCAAAGUCCAGGUCCAGUGUCUGAGCAAGUCACACAACACCAACGACAUCGUGACGCUGCGGACUCCGGAAGGACUGCCAGAUGCUCCUCGAAAUCUCCAGCUGUCGCUGCACAGGGAAGUGGAAGGUGUGGUUGUGGGCCAGUGGACUCCUCCGGCCCACACCAAUGGCCUUAUUCGAGAGUAUAUUGUAGAAUAUAGCCGGAGUGGUUCCAAGAUGUGGGCCUCCCAGAGGGCUGCUAGUAACUCUACAGAAAUAAAGAACUUGCUGGUCAACACGCCAUACACUGUCAGAGUGGCUGCAGUGACUAGUCGCGGGAUAGGAAACUGGAGCGACUCUAAAUCCAUUACCACCGUAAAAGGAAAAGUGAUCCCGCCACCAAGGAUCCGCAUUGACAGCUACGGUGAAAAUUCGCUGAGCUUCACCCUGAGCAUGGAUAGCGAUGUCAAGGUGAAUGGCUAUGUGGUGAACCUUUUCUGGACGUUCGACACCCACAAACAAGAGAAGAGAACUUUGAACUUCCGGGGGAGCAUAUUGUCACACAAAGUUGGCAAUCUGACAGCUCACACGUCCUAUGAGAUUUCUGCCUGGGCCAAGACUGACUUAGGGGAUAGUCCUCUGGCAUUUGAGCAUGUCCUGACCAAGGGAGUCCGCCCACCUGCUCCCAGCCUCAAAGCCAAGGCCAUCAAUCAGACUGCUGUGGAAUGCACCUGGACCGGUCCCAGGAAUGUGGUUUAUGGUAUUUUCUAUGCCACGUCCUUUCUUGACCUCUAUCGCCAGCCGAACAGCUUGACUACUUCACUCCACAACAAAACCAUUAUAGUCAGCAGGGAUGAGCAGUAUUUGUUUCUGGUCCGGGUCGUGGUACCAUACCAAGGGCCGUCCUCUGACUAUGUGGUGGUAAAGAUGAUCCCAGACAGCAGGCUGCCUCCCCGUCACCUGCAUGUGGUUCACACGGGCAAAACCUCCGUUGUCAUCAAGUGGGAGUCCCCGUAUGAUUCUCCUGACCAGGACUUGUUGUACGCAAUCGCGGUUAAAGAUCUAAUAAGGAAGAGCGACAGGAACUACAAAGUCAAGUCCCGGAACAGUACGGUGGAGUAUACGCUGAGCAAGCUGGAACCCGGAGGCAAAUACCACGUCAUUGUCCAGCUGGGCAACAUGAGCAAAGAUUCCAGUAUAAAAAUCACCACAGUUUCAUUAUCAGCACCCGAUGCCUUAAAAAUCAUAACAGAAAAUGACCACGUUCUUCUGUUUUGGAAAAGUCUAGCUUUGAAGGAAAAGCAUUUUAAUGAAAGCAGGGGCUAUGAGAUACGCAUGUUUGAUAGCGCGAUGAAUAUCACAGCUUACCUUGGGAAUACCACCGACAAUUUCUUUAAAAUCUCCAACCUGAAACUGGGUCAUAAUUACACUUUCACCGUCCAAGCAAGAUGCCUUUUUGGCAGCCAGAUCUGUGGGGAGCCUGCUGUCCUGCUGUAUGACGAUGUGGGGUCUGGCGUGGAUGCGUCUGCAUCUCAGGCUGGUGGAUCUACUGAUGUCGCUGCCGUGGUGGUGCCCAUCCUGUUCCUGAUACUGCUUAGUCUGGGCGUCGGGUUUGCCAUCCUGUAUGCGAAGCAUCGGAGGCUGCAGAGCAGUUUUACGGCCUUUGCCAACAGCCACUACAGCUCUAGGCUGGGCUCGGCCAUCUUCUCCUCAGGCGACGACCUGGGGGAGGAUGAUGAAGAUGCUCCUAUGAUAACUGGAUUUUCAGACGACGUCCCGAUGGUGAUAGCCUGAGAGAGCUUUCCUCACUCAAAACCAAAUGGUGUAAAUAUUUUAUUUGAUAAAGAGAGUUGAUGGUUUAUUUUAAAA